GAGCUAAAAUAAUAAAAUGCUGAGCUCACUGUUCCCCCACCCUCUCCCCCGGCACCCGCGCUCCUCCUGCUGGGACCGCUGCUCCAGCAGAACAGACCCACCGACGGAAGGGGAGGUGAGGAGGGAGGUGGCAUCGGGACGGCCUGUGUGAGCACCACAGUGGGGAGGGGUGGGGGCCACCAUGUCAUCCUAUCAGAAGGAGCUGGAGAAAUACAGAGACAUAGAUGAAGAUGAGAUCCUGAGGGGCCUGAGCCCCGAGGAGCUAGAGCAACUGGACUGUGAGCUACAGGAAAUGGACCCCGAGAACAUGCUCCUGCCGGCUGGACUAAGACAACGUGACCAGACAAAGAAGAGUCCAACGGGGCCGCUGGACCGAGAGGCCCUCUUGCAGUACCUGGAACAGCAGGCGCUAGAGGUCAAAGAGCGUGAUGACUUGGUCCCCUUCACAGGCGAGAAGAAGGGGAAACCCUAUAUUCAGCCCAAGAGGGAAAUCCCAGCCCACGAGCAGAUCACCCUGGAGCCCGAGCUGGAGGAGGCACUGGCCCAAGCCACAGAUGCUGAAAUGUGUGACAUUGCAGCAAUCCUGGGCAUGUACACGCUGAUGAGCAACAAGCAGUACUACGAUGCCAUCUGCAGCGGAGAGAUCUGCAACACCGAAGGCAUCAGCAGUGUGGUGCAGCCUGACAAGUAUAAGCCAGUGCCGGAUGAGCCCCCGAAUCCCACAGACAUAGAGGAGAUCCUAGCGAGGGCUCGAGGCAAUGACAAGGAGCUGGAGGAGGUGAACCUCAAUAACAUACAGGACAUCCCGGUAUCCACAUUAACUGAGCUGUGUGAAGCCAUGAAGACAAACACCUACAUCCGGAGCCUCAGUCUGGUGGCGACUAGGAGUGGCGACCCCAUCGCCAACGCGGUGGCUGACAUGUUGCGUGAAAAUCGUAGCCUCCAGAGCCUCAACAUCGAAUCCAACUUUAUUAGCAGCACAGGGCUCAUGGCUGUGCUGAAGGCAGUUCGGGAGAACGCCACACUCACUGAGCUCCGUGUGGACAACCAGCGCCAGUGGCCUGGUGACGCCGUGGAGAUGGAGAUGGCCGCUGUGCUGGAGCAGUGUCCCUCCAUCGUCCGCUUCAGCCACCACUUCACACAGCAGGGGCCGCGGGCGCGGGCGGCCCAAGCCGUGACCCGGAACAAUGAACUGCGUCGCCAGCAAAAGAAGAGAUAACGCUGCAUUUUCCUGUACCAACCAGAGCUGGCAGCCCUGGACACUUCAAUCCUCAUCUAUCCCCCUUCCUGUAAAUAAAAGCCCUUCUGUCC